AUGAGGAUAUUUUCUGCUUUAUAUCGGAAACUACCAGAAGUUGGCGAAAUCACCAAGAAAUAUGCCAACUUGCCUGAGUCAUAUAUUAAAAGAUGCCUAGAAGAAGUAGAAUGGAAAACUCCAAGAGGUUUACCUCAAUAUUUACCACGUACAAGAUCUUGGAAAAAGAGGCAUUUCGAUGUUCACAGACCUUGGACUGGAUUUUUUCAACGUGAAAAUGCUCCAGGAAUUUACCACAGGAAAGUUUUUUUGGAGCCUUUCAGAGAUUGGAGUUUUUUCAAGGGCGACAGAGUAGAAAUUUUAAGUGGUCCAGAUAAAGGAAAACAAGGCAUUAUUUGCCAAGUUAUUCAAGAAAGAAAUUGGGUGAUAGUUGAAGGACUUAAUUGUAAAAUGGUAUUGAUAGGCAAGACAAAACAGUUUCCAGGAUUAGUACAACAGCAAGAGCAGCCAUUGCUUGUACAAAGAGAAGUAAAGCUUGUUGAUCCAGCAGAUCUGCAAAAUACAGAAAUUGAAUGGAGAUUUACAGAAGAAGGAGACAAAGUUCGAGUUUCACUUAGGACUGGUCGUAUUAUACCUAUUCCAGUUCAAGCUCAGGAAACUUAUGAUUAUAAAACCAAAAGAACCUAUAAGGAAUCAACAAAAGAUACAACUUCUGAUGAUUUGUCAGAAGUUACUUUCUCACCUACAUUAGAGACUUUUGAAAUGAAUAUUAUGAAAUCAAUGGGUAUAAAAGAAGAACGAAUACCAGUACAAACCUAUUGGUUUGCUAGUUACGGUUAUAUAAUACUUUUUUUAGGUGUAUUAGAUCCAAGUGCUGAAAGUACUGCUCUUGAAGAAGGAACAGUUCUUGAAUUACCAUACUGGCUUGUAAGCGCAUUAAUAAAUGAUGAUGCAGUCAGCAUAGAAUUGCCUAAGGUCUACAGAGAUUCUUACAGAGAUAUCUUCAAAGCAGAUGCCAAUGUUGUUGAUUUAUUCAGGUUAUGUAAACAUUUUUAUGAGUUUGGGAAGCUGCUGUCAAAUGUAAUUGAACAUAGAGGCUCACUAGAACUUUGCAGUAAUCUUAUUCAGAUAUUUAUAGAUAGAUUUAGAAGACUGGCUGAUUGGGCACAAAAUUCUGAAUCUGAGACUGGAGCUACAAAUAAGUUUGACAAUUAUGAAAAAGCACUGCUACAAAGAGGAAAAUUAGCACAAGAUAUGCUAACAUCUUGGUUAAAUGAAGGUGUAGGAACCAUUACAACUUCAGUAUUGGUCGAUAGCUAUAAAAAACGAAAACUUUUAGCAAAAGAACUUUCUUUUUGACCAAUUACUAACUGUAUCUUUUAAAAAUUAUUGUGUCCAUAAGUAACAUUAUGUUAAUUGUAAAUGUAUACUAUAUUAAUAUUCGUUUGACAAAGAAUAAAUAUUGAUUUUUUGAGUUCAUUGUAAUUAAAAAAAAAAAAAAAAAAAAGAUAGUAUCAUCAAAAAUUAAUAGUGAAUGGUUAGAGUAAUUGAC